AGCUUUCAUAAUUCAAAUAAGCAAAGAGAGAUGGCUCUAUGUGGAAAGUUGGUUAAGAAACAUCAAUCAAGUCCGAUUGAGACGCGUUCUAUGAAUUAUUUCGAUACAAACCUAACCAUAUAUCCUACAUGAGCCCUAUGAACAUCAAAAGUGUUGAUCUCAAUGGUGGUGAAUGGGGUUAUGUCGGAUCAGGAAUGACUUGGAACUAUAUUUUUGAUGGGAAGACAUGUGUGGCUAAGGAAGUGAUUGAAGCAAUUGACGAGGAAAAAAAAUCAGUGUCCUUCAAGGUGGUCGAUGGUGCUCUAAUGGAAUUUUAUAAGACCUUCUUAUUGACCGUUCAAGUAGACACAAAGGAAGAAAAGAACUUCGUGACUUGGACGUUGACAUACGAGAAGAUUAAUGGAAACAUUAAAGAUCCAAACACUUUGAUGGAGUUUUGCCUCAAUGUCACCAAAGAUAUCGAGACUAACCUGCACAUGCAAUGCAACUAA